CCUCAAGAGGUACCUCAUGAGGAGACGAGCCUGCUGUGCAAGAAAGCUCUAGACCGCCUACGAUGGGACCUGCUCGCCCCACCGUCUACCGUUCAGGUCAUCGAUGUCAACGAAGAGGGCGAGCCGAUCUGGCGGUCAAUACUGGUGGACCCAAAGCACCCUCUAGCUGAUGAAGCUGUUACCGAAGUACCGCGUUCUCGAAUGCGUAUCGUAUUUGGCAUGCUCGAAGGUUGGGAGUGUUGGGAGAGGUACGAGGACAACCCACCCCCAGCGCCUCUACUCAUCGAGAAUAUCGAUGGCAAAACCAUCACUAUCGAGCAAUUCAUCGUCAAGGUGUCCGAAUACGCCCAAAGUUUGCGGGAGACGAUAUUCGAAUGCAAGGGU